CUUUUCUUGUCAUCUCCCUUCUUCAAGCACUUCAAAGCAACACAAUUUACAACAUAACUCCAUCAAGUCCACUGGUUCAGAACCAAACCCUUGUCUCUCGUAGUCAAAUCUUUGAGCUCGGGUUCUUCACGCCUAAUGGAUCAGCAAAGCAGUACCUAGGAAUAUGGUACAAGAACAUGACUCCCUCCAAAAAAGUCUGGGUGGCCAACAGGGACAAGCCAAUUGGAGACACAGAUAAAUCUGCGAGUUUAAUAAUUGGCAACGAUGGAAAUAUGAAGCUUCUUGAUGGGCAACAAAACACUGUGUGGUCGACUAAUGUCAUGGCAAAGUCGAAUUAUUCUGCAGCCCACCUUUCAGACCAUGGAAACUUUGUUCUUCAAGACAGGAAUGCGAAUAUAUUGUGGGAAAGCUUUGAUGAGCCAACUGACACUCUCCUGCCAAACAUGAAGAUCGGAGUAAACGUGAAAACAGGAAAGAAACGAAACUUGAUUUCCUGGAAAGGUGAAGAUGAUCCCUCGUUCGGAAGCUUUGUUGUAGGAAUGACAUCGGAAACACCACCUCAGCUUUUUACUUGGAAUGGAUUGAGUCCUUACUGGAGAAGUGGACAAUGGGAUAAAACCAGGUUCAUCGGAAUACCCGCCAUGGACAGCACAUACUUUGAUGUCCAGCAAGAUAUUGUCCAGGGAACAUCAUAUUAUAUCAACAAUAAUCACAACAACUCCAUCUUUGGAUAUACUUUCAUCUCUUCUGAAGGAACUUUACAGGGGGCUUUAUGGGCCAAUAAUGGCUGGUUAACAUACUGGAGGGCACCGGCACCAACUAACCCCUGUGAAAUUUAUGGAAAAUGUGGGCCCUUUGGAGUUUGCAACCAAAUUAGUUCACCUAUUUGCAGAUGCUUAGAAGGUUUCAAACCAAUAUCAGAUGAAGAAUGGAACAGAGGAAACUGGACCAGAGGAUGCCUUAGGGAAUUGGAAUUGAAUUGUCAGAAAUCUGCCAGCACAGCUGCUUCAACGAUUGUCAAAAAAGAUAGGUUCUGGAAAAUAACACAGAUGAAGUUACCUGAUUCCGCUGAUUAUUCUUUGAUAGAUGAUGCAGAAAGAUGUCAAAGUUGGUGCCUAGAAAACUGCACAUGCUUGGCCUAUUCUUUUGUGAAUGCUAUAGGAUGUAUGACUUGGAGUAAAGACCUCCUAGAUACUCUGCAACUCCCCACAGGUGGCGAAGAUCUGUUUAUUCGACUUGUGGACACAAGUGCGGGUGCGGAUGCGGGUGUGGUUGCGGAUACAGGUGUACCUACACGGACAAAACUUAUCAUCAGUCUCAGUACUAUAUCUGGAAUCAUCUUAUUUGGAGCUAGUAUUUCAGUCUGUUGUCUUUCAAAGUGGAGAGGAAAGCUUAGGAAAAUGACAAUCCCAAGGCUCUUUAGGUCAGUGGCUGCAGCCAUCAGAUCAGAAAAACUGCUAAGGGAAACUGCAUCGAAAGAGCAAAUGAAGGAAGAUGAUGCAUCGAAAGUGGUGGUUUAUGAUUUUGAUAGCAUACGCCUAGCGACAGACAACUUCGACGCAAAAAACAAACUCGGGCAGGGAGGGUUUGGCCCAGUUUAUAAGGGAAAACUGAGCGAUGGUAAGGAGAUAGCAGCAAAGAGACUUUCGAGCAGCUCAGGCCAAGGCAUAGCAGAGUUCAAGAAUGAGAUCCUUCUAAUAUCUAAACUUCAACACCGAAAUCUGGUGAGACUCCUCGGUAGCUGCACCGAAAGAGAAGAAAAGAUUCUAGUGUAUGAGUACUUGCCGAACAAGAGCUUGGACGCCUUCCUUUUUGAUUCAGAAAAGAAGGCGAAACUUAGUUGGGCCGUACGAUUCCGCAUUAUCGAGGGGGUUGCGAGAGGGCUGCUUUACCUCCACCGCGAUUCUUGCCUUAGGGUCAUACAUCGAGAUUUGAAAGUGAGCAACAUUCUCUUGGAUGAAAAGAUGAAUCCAAAGAUUUCUGAUUUUGGGUUGGCGCGGAUGUUUGAAAGCAGUCAAGUUUUGGUCAAUACUCACAAAGUUGUGGGGACACUCGGCUACAUGUCUCCCGAGUAUGCUAUGGGUGGGGCAUUUUCUGAGAAAUCCGAUGUUUAUAGCUUUGGAGUACUGCUAUUGGAGAUUAUCAGUAGCAAGAAGAACACAAGUUUAGAUUACCCUGGGCAGCAUCUCAAUCUCCUUGCUUAUGCUUGGCACUUGUGGUGUGAAGGGAGAGGUUUGGACCUGAUGGAUGCAGCCAUUGCUAACACAUUUUCAGCGUUAGAAGUAAUGAGAUGCAUUCAGGUGGGGCUUCUCUGUACGCAAGACCACGCCAUAGAUAGACCCAACAUGUCAGCCAUAGUUCUAAUGCUGAAUGGGGAGUCCGAACUUUCACAACCAAAGCAACCGGCAUAUACAUUUCAAAGGCUGCUGGCUCAGCAAGUCCAAUCACAAGAAGGAAGCAUCCGGUCCAUGAAUACCAUCACCAUUACUACAGUUGAAGGAAGAUAAAAUUCUCAAAUGCAUUUUCACUAUCAAUUCAUCUUUUCAAGGAUUCAAUGCUCACCAAACUAAACGGCUUGAAUAUGCAAUGUUUUGUGGCACUUUUAUGUGGAUAUAUGAUGCAAACAUA